AAUGGUGGAGUCCUCAAUGUCCAUGUCAAGACUGGUUUUAUCCAUCUGAGUCCUCUAGCUAACAAUCGGGUGGUAAAUUCCCACUUCCCACUUGGUUAUGAACUCAGCAUUAUACCCGCCACGCAUACUUGUGGCCACUUCAUAGAGAAGAGCUAUGGAGACAUGACCCGUUUUUCUUUAAAAUAACACCGGGACAGGCAGACAGACACAUCUUUUCAAAAUGAAAAAGCAUCCGAUGCACAUGUUGGACCAUUCGUGAUUUUAUUUAGAUGCUUCGGUGUACUGUUAAAACGGUGCAAGCCUACAAUAUGUACUGGGAUGGAUGAGGAAGAGCAGAACCGCUAUGUGGCCCAGCUGAAGGAGGAGUUUGACAGCUGUGACACCACAGGCACUGGUUACCUGGACAAGGAAGAGUUGUCAUCCCUUUGUCACAAGCUAUCCCUGGAUGCUCACCUUCCCUUACUGUUGGACACCUUGCUAGGACCACACCACUAUGCUCGGGUGAAUUUUGAGGAGUUCAAAGAAGGCUUUGUAGCUGUGUUAUCACACUCUCUGGACUUCAGCACCUCAGAAGAGGAGAGCAGCUACCUGGAGCCAGUUGUUCCUGAGGAGGUGAAGCCCAAGUUUGUGAAGGGAACCAAGCGCUACGGCCGGCGGUCUCGUCCUGACAGGCCCGACUCUGAGCUCCCAGCUGAAUUAGAGGACUCUCCUCCUUUCAGGACAGAGCAGAAGGAGCUCUCUCCCGCUGGCGUGAGGAGGGCCAAACUCCGACGCUCCACUUCUCUGGAGAGUGUCGAGAGUCUCAAGUCAGAUGAGGAAACCGGAAGCCAUAAGGACACCAUCCAUCAAACCUUUGAGGCACAAGGGCAGCAGAAGCGAUGGAAGCGGGACAGUUCGGGGAGCCCACUCCAAUCCCCUGGGCCAGGGGCCGAGGUGUCAGACAGACAGAUGAGGGCAGUAUGGGAGGAGCUUGGAGUAGGAGGAGGAGGCUUUCUGAACAGACAGGAACUGUCUCUGGUCUGUGACCACCUUGGCCUGCAGGACCUGAAUUCAGAGGAGUUGGACGCCCUCUUCAGGAAGUUGGACACUGACCUGGAUGGGAAGGUCAGCCUCAGGAAGUUCCAGAAGGGUCUUUUCAGAGAAAAGGGUGUCACAGUUCCCACCUCCUCCACCCCCAUACGCCCCAACCCCCACCGCUCACUCCAGCAGGCCUUUGAGGAGCGGAUGGUGCGCUCCACCUCUCCAUCUCUCCUGUCUGCCACCGUGGGCCAGAGGCUGCUGACCAGGCUGGACGAUGGGUCGGGCUGCACCAGUCCAGAGAGGGUCAUCACCCUCUGGAAUGAGGAGGGCAUCCGGAACAGCAGGGACAUCCUACAGACUCUGGACUUCCCCCUGGAGGAGCGAGUCAGUCUGGCGGAGCUCACUCUGGCCCUGGACAAUGAGCUGCUGGUCAGCGGCAACGGCAUCCACCAGGCCGCUCUCAUCUCUUACAAGAACGAGAUCCAGUUCCUCCAGGUCCUAGCAGACCAGGCUUGUCAGGAAAGGGACAAGGUCAAGGCCGACCUGGAGUGGGCCGACAGGAGAAACCUCCAGCUGGUCAGAGAGGUGGAUGACAGGCACGCCACUAUUGAGUCACUGAAUGAAACCAAAAUCAAGGGUCUGGAGCAGGAGUUCCGGGAUAGGCUAACGGCCCUGCGCAGUGAAUCGGAGCAGGAGAGCGAGGUCUUGCUACAGCAGGUGGAGCGUGAGCGGGCCAAGCUCAAAGAGGAAGUGGAGGUCCUACAUGCACAGGAUGCCAGUCUGCAGGAGGAAAUCUGUAAUGCCACCCAGGAGAACCGCCGUUUGGAGGAGGAGGACAGUGUUCUGAAGGGGAAGCUGUCGGAGGCAGGGAACACCAUCUCCAAGCUGCAGAGAGACCUGGACCAGCUCCUACUAGACAAGUUUGGGAGCCUGGAUCCGAACAAUACAGGGCUGCUAAACCAGGAGGAGCGCUUCUCUGAGAUCAUCAAGGAGUACGAGCUGCAGUGCCGGGAGCUGCGGGACCGGAAUGACGAGUUGAACUCUGAGGUGGAGAUGUUAAAGAGUCAGGGGAUGGGGAGGCGACCCAGACGGGCAAGAGACACGUCCACACACGCGUGGUCCAGCCGACGAUCACUGACCACUGAGUCUGACUCUGAUGACCCUGAGAUGAAAAUAGGCGUAUCUCCCAUGGCUAGCAAAAAGCUACAAGUGGCCAAUAAGAAUGGCCUGGGUUGUCUGGAGAGUCUGCCAGGUCCGGUUGUAAGCAUUGAGACGGAGAUGGCCAUGGAACAGUUUAAGGAGAGGCACAGCCAGGAGGUGCAGGACCUGAAGAUUGAGUUAGAGACCAAGGUGAACUUCUACGAGCGCAGCCUGGAGCUGAUGCGACGAAACAUGGAGGUGGAGAGGAAGGACAUAUCUUCGGGCUUCAAGGUGGAAAUCAGUGAGCUGGAGGAGCAGAAGGCCCAGGCUGAGGAGCAUGUUAAGUGGCUAAGGGGGGCAGUGGAGAAGCUGCAGACCGAGUUACAGAACAGCUCCAGGCGCCUGAGAGGGCCAGGCUGGAGCGCUGACCAGGAGAGAAGGGCCCAGCACGAACAGGCUGAGCUGGAGCAGAACUAUGCCAUGGAGAUCAGUAACCUGGUCCAGAGACUGACCUCUGAGAAAGACCAGCUAGAGGCUGAGCUGAAGCUCAAGAUGGACCAAGAGUUGCUGCUCGUAAGGGAAGAGGCAGAGCAGCAGGUGUCUCAGAUGAAGACUCAGCAAGGCGAGGCCCAGCGCAGCUUCAUGCACCAGCUACGCUGUGAGCGCCUGCGGCUGGAACUGGAGCAGGAGAGGCACAGGGAGAGACUCCACAGUACAGAGAGGGCGGUUGAGGAGCAGGCCAGGAUCUGUAGCCGGUCCGCUGUGGAGAGGAAGAGGCUGGAGGAAGGGCACCAGGAGGAAGUCCGGCAGCUGAAAGAGCACAUAGCCAGUCUGCAGGAGCAGGCAGAUCUGACCUCCGAUAGGGAGAAGUCACUUUUACAGCACUGUCAGUUAGAGGUGAAACUAGAGCACUAUCAAACACAGUGCAGUCAGUUAGAGGCUGAACUGGAAGUGACUUGCGAUCGGUGCAGUCAACUAGAGGCCAAACUGGAAGUGAUUUGUGCCCAGCUGGAGCUGGAGGAACGCACUGUGUGUCUGGCGUCUGAGGCUUUGACCGAGCGUCUGACCUCUGAACGGCAUGAUGUAGAGGAGGAACUUGAGUUGGUGAGGGAUAGAGAGCGAGAAAUCCUUAGUGAGGUGUCUCAGCUAAGAGAGGAGCUGCAUAGUCUACGGUCUGAAUAUAUGACACUUCUUCAGGACAAGGAAAUGAUAGCGGAGAACUGUAGCAGUUUGUCCAGCGCCUUUGUACAACAGCAAGCUCAGCUGAGGGCCAAAGAGGAAGACACGGAGACCCUGAGGGGGGAGUUGGAGAGGGCACGGGAGGCUCUGAGAAAUGAAGUAGAACGAUGCUCAAGGCAGAAUGCUGAGCUGGACUCCCAGAAGACGGACAGAGCGAUGCUGAUGGAGGAGCUAAGAAAACACAGAACAACUGUUGACUGUCUACAGUCAGAUCUUGACUGUGUCACUGAGGAGUUAAACCAGUGGAAGAGGGCAGAAAACAGUCUACAGGAAGCCUUGAGGGUGGAACAAACCCAGGUCAUGGAGAUCCAAUCCACCCUGGACCUGGAGAGGGAAGAGGCGGGCUGUCUGAGCCAGGAGAACACCCACUACAUCCGCCUGGCAGACCAACUCUCCAACCAGAUCGAAGAAAUGGAAACGGAAUCAUCCAAACUCCAAGACCACAUCCACCAGCUGAACGCCCAACUGGGCGAAAUGUCCAGACUGGUUUCUGAUCUCAGGACCCAGCUAGAGGCCAAAUUCACAGAGGUAGACCACCUUGAAUCAGAUAUAAAGCAGACUGCAGGUCUGGUAGAGAUGGCGGAAGCCCUGUCCAAUAAGCACUAUAGGGAAGAGGAGCUGCUGAACACCCAACUGGAGACCAAGGAGAGAGAGCUGUGCUCCCUCAGAGGAAAGGCUGGCAGCAGCACCACCGUCCAGCUGCAGCAGGCCCUGCUGUCCUCUCAGGCAGAGGUCCACAGGUUGGAGGAGUCCUUUGAGUGGGAGAAGGGCAGGAUGAAGGAGCAGCUGGUGGAGAUGGAGAAGCUGGUCAUGGCUCUGGAGAUGGUGAUGGACCCUACCAGUCCACACAGUUCUCAGUUAGAUGAGGUCAACUGUGAGAACAGUGCUCUGAAGGACAGACUGGCCAUGUUACAGCAGGAUAUCCAGAGAAUGGAGGAAGAGAUCAUCAAGAAGAAAAAGAAACUGGACGAAGUGGAGCAGGAACACGAGAAGAACAGGGAGAAGCAGGAGAGACUUCACAAAGAGAACGCCAAGUACCAGGAAGAGGUGCUGGACCUGAGAGCCCGCAACCUGCAGCUGAGCGGCGAGAAUGCUGAGUUUAGCUCCCGUCUCCGUGCCGACCAGGGGGCGGUCCAGAUGCUGACGGAGAGGCUGGCACAGGUGUCCCGGGAGCAGGCGGAGGGGGCGGCCACAGCCAGGCAGCUCCAGGAGACCUCCACCCAGCAGGAGAGGGAGAGACUCCACCUGCAGGCAGCCUGGCGUCACGACAAGGAGCUGCUGGAGAGAGAACUCCACACCAUCAAGGAAAAGCUCCAGUGUUUGUCAGAGGUGGAGUCCUCACUGACCAGCCUGACCCUGAAGCACCAAUGGCUGGAGCAGGAUAAGGAGAGGCUGCUGAGGGAGGUGGAGGAGAGGACCCAGAAGGUUGAGAAGCUCCAAGAGUCUCUUCUCUCUGUGGACUCCCAGAUGGAGCUGCUUCGCUCCCAGCUCCAGGCAGUGGAUCAUGAGAAGACUGGCCAGAUCCAGGAAGUAGCCAACCACCAGAGGAUGAUGCAGGAUGCCCAGGACAAGGUAAAGGAGCUGGAGGCCAGCAUGGGCAGGCUAUGCAGGGAGAAGGAGCAGCUGCGUCUGGCCCAGAAACAACAUGAGGAGGAGGCCACUAUGGCCCUACAAAAGGAGUGCCAGAGCCUGCGCCUCCAAAACCAAGAGCUGCUCCACAGGGUGUAUCAGCUGCAGGGCCAGGAUGUGGAGGUACAGAGUCUGACUGAGGAGUGCCUGACUCUAAAGAACAAACAGGCACAGCUGGAGACUGCCAGGGCAGAGGCACAGGAUCAGGCACUGAUGGUGGACACAGCCUUGACACUGGCCCAGGCCCAGCAUGUCCGGGAGCUGCAGCAGUUGAGGGAGCAGGCAGGACUGGGGUCCAGGGAGCAGCUGGCACACUUUCAAGCCCAGCUGGCAGAUGAGAAGCGCAGGGGGCAGAAGCUGCAACAGACCUUCCGCACACAGGCCCAGCAAGCCAGCACCCAGAUAGGCCUGCAGCAGGAGCAAUAUGAGAAGGUGAUAGUGAACAUGCAGGAGGGGAUGGAGGGGGUGGAGACCAAGCUGAGGAGUGUGCGCAAGAUGCUGCAGGAGAAGGUCAACCAGCUGAAGGAGCAGCUGGUGAAGAAUGCCAAGUCAGACAUCAUUCUGAAGGACCUGUAUGUGGAGAACUCCCAGCUGAUGAAGGCACUGCAGGUCACUGAGCAGCGACAGAAGAGUGCUGAGAAAAAGAACUUUGUCUUAGAGGAGAAGAUUACAGCCCUCAACAAGCUCCUUCGUAAGAUCGCCCCUGCCUCCCUCUCUGCGUAGCAGUUCCUUGCUACUCAGAACAACGCUACUCCCCAAAAGACAUCGACAACUGUGAAAGACCUCUUAAGUUUCCUUCCCUUAACCUUAGUAUUCGAUGACCAUCCCAAUGAAACAUUGAUGCUUAAUGUGGCAGGUGGUCCACAAUGAUUCUGUAAGAUCCAUAACAAAAUCACUGUGUAACAACUCCCUCUUGGGAUGGUGGGUUUGAUUGCACAGAAUUAGCACAAGUUAUUUGGGUAAGUGGAACAGCACAAGUCAAGUGUUUUCAGCCACCAGGGUAUUAUGCAUGUACUUUAUUUUUUGUGUAUAUAUAUUUUUGAGGUUAACGCAAGACUCAUUUUUUGUGAAGGUCAAUCAAAGUUCACAUUAAGUAUUUUAUUGUCUCUGCAGAGGCAGGCAGUCCGUUAGGUUACAGACUAUCCUCCAGCAUCAUGCUGUGUUGGUAGGUCUGAGUGUCGAUUAGAUGUAUAAUGGGACCAAUGGUAUAACAUUCCAGUUUGAUCAUCAAACACACUCAAGGUACUGAACUUAAAGUUAAGUCUGUCAGACUGUAUGAGAUGAAUGGUACUGUAUGCGAAAGGCUGAAUCCUAAUUUAAUCACAAAAUGAUUCAAAGAAAGGGUUUAGCAACUUUUAAUUAAGUGUUCUUUGUGGUAUUUUAAAUUACCAACCAAAAGCACAGUAUUUACAAAUGUAAAGUUUUGAUACACAUCUGCACAAUUUUCAAUCCUGAUGCACUGCUGUACAGUCAAACCUUUUAAUUCCUAAACUAUGAGUACUAAAAAAGAUUGUUGCGACAAUGUAAUGUCAAUCGAACAAUGUAUGUAGGAAAUUAUUGUAAAAACACUAACAUGCAAGCUGCGGAUUUGUUAUGCACUACACAAUCACUCCACAAUUAAAACAAAACUGACCAAGUAAUAAAUCACCUACAGCUAAGUAUAUUUGAAUUAAUUAUUGUUUUAAAGAACUUUUUCAAAAUAGCAUCACUUAAAUGGAUAAUCCUCUGCUGAAGGAAAAAAAAGUAAUAGUUCUAGCAUUUUGAUUCAAGACAUGAUGUGCUCCAAGACCCCCUGGUGAAUCAACUGCUCACACUUCCAUCGUGGCAGGAAGUGCUGGGGAAACAAGAGUGGAGUUUGAGAGUGACUCAUGUUCAAUUCUUUACACAAUGUGCAUGUAUAGUGAUGGUUUUCACAUAUAGUACUUUUUCUUUUCUUAUACCUGACUGUUUUUCUUCAGAAGAAUGAUGGUCCCGUCGUCUAUUUCAAACUCGCCAUGAUCUUUUAAACAACGCACCUAUUGAGAGAAAUACAUUGUGAGAAACAAACUAAAUGGCAAGAGGGUAAAAUCAAUAGAACAUGACCAAUAUGUAAAAAUAUCUAAAUGAAGACCAAAAGAAGGAGCACCUAAUAGUCAAGGGUCUAUGUGCUACAGUUUGAAUUAAUUGAUACAGUUGAUGACUAACAGCACAAGUGGCCCCUACCAACAUUCACUUAGUCUCUGGUCAGGUCCUUGCGGGCAUGCAGUUCCCUUGUGUAAUCUUACCUCAAUGUACAAACUCUUUGGAGGCUUCAUGUCCUGUGUUAUGUCAAGUCCUUCCUCUCCUCCAAGUGACCUCAUGAAGGUAGCCAGUGACUUCUUGUACUGGUUAAACCAUUCCAACUAUUCAAAAUUAAACAUUACAUUUUAAGAGUCAGAUGCCAUCACCCUGCCAUCUUCUGUCCAAUUUGUUUCUUGCCUUUUUAAAGAAAGAAACAUACCUCUUCUGCACACAUGUGGAAGCGGAUGUUUGUGGGCAACACACUUCCGUACGCCCACCUCAAAGUCCGAAUGCGGAGGAGCCUGUCAUAGCUGAGGAGAGGAAAUUAGCAAUGAUGUUGUCCUAUCCUAAUAAACUAUGAUAUGGUCAGUGUAACUGUCUACAAAAAUAUUAGUAGUGAUGGUGAGCUCAAAAUCAACUCAUCACAUCAGGCACUCACAGGUAGGCAGCGAUGCAACGUUGGUUUCUUAGCAGACAGCAGUGACGGAACUUGAUGGUUGGAAUCAGCUCACUUUUUCCCUCAGACUUGGCUUCAUUGCUUUGAAGUGUGUGAAAUAAAACAUAUUUGUUAAAACCCAUAAGGUAAUUAUUUCAGAACUCAAUGGGAAAGAGACACAUUCAAAUAUAAGAGAAUGUCAAUGUGUGACAAUGUUUAAUGUCUUAACUCACACAUCACUUUGAUUCUGCUCGUAUAAUGCUUUCAUCUCCUCCAGCACCUGACGAAUACCAUCUUCCUGCAAAGAAGGUGUCAGUCAGUGAGCAGUAAUAGAAGUCAAAUGACCAUGUAGUCAGUGGCAUUAUAACCUAAUUGCCAACUAUCAAACUGAUCUAAAAGUCUUCACUUUGUAUUCAUAAUCUGGCUAGGUUGAUGUUAGCUAUUACUGAGUGAAACACAUUCUAGUGAUGGCUGGCUAGGUUGAUAUUAGCUCUCAAGAGCCCCAAGUCAGAAGAGCAGGGCAAGGAGUAGGGCUGCACCAUAUGGGCAAAUCAUUUAAUUGCGAUUUGUUUUUAACCAAAUAUUGCGAUUGAGAUUUUACUUGCGAUUUAGAUCAAAACACUGUACUGUUGGAAUCAUAUAAAUAAAAUUAGUAUUCAAAUCA